AUGGCAUUGGCACCGUCACCAAAAUCCCUUUCUUACACCGCGAAUCCUCUCCUCCUGAUACUCAAUGAUCUAUGGCUCUUCGCCCAAAUCACCAUCACCUGGCCUCUCACCGCCGGUCUCCCCAGCAUCGUUCUGCCCAUCAGUCCAGCACAAUCCAAAGGACUAGACGAGUUGGCAUUGACCUGGCCCAAUCUAUGGUCUGAUCUCAUCCACUCGAUCCUGGUGGUGGCGCAGACGCUGUUUCUCAUCUCCCUGUUUCCCCUGUCCUAUAUUCUCCUGCCGGUGCUAUACUUUCUGUAUAUUGUGGCUUUCGUCCUGGGAAACCAAUGGUUCACAGUCUUGUUGAACGGUCGCAGACGGAUUAGGUUCCAAUCACACCCGCGAUGUGUCGAGGGGCAACGGGAGUAUAAACAUGAGCGGUGGGUUUUCAUCAACGGAGUUGCUGUUGGUCAACAUUGGCUCCAAUCGAACCUGGACCGACUUGCAAUGACUUUCAGACGGCCGGUGUAUGGGAUCCAUAAUCAGACCCGCGGUAUCAUCUUCGAUGUGCUCGAAUGCAUCAUCCAGCGCGACCUAGCCUAUCCCACCCUCGACAUCCGACAAGCCUACGAGCAGCUCUUGCCGAUCAUCACCGAUCCGGAAGUGCAUAAAGUGGUGCUCAUCCUCCACAGUCAAGGCUGCAUCGAGGGCGGUAUGGUUCUGGACUGGCUGUACGCCACCGUCGCAGCCGAACAGAUCCGCAAACUCGAAGUAUAUACUUUCGGAAACGCCGCGAAUCAUUGGAAUGCUCCGGUGAUCACCACGACCGUCAGUCCUAACGGACAGAGCCAGGGCAGGACGAACGGCACAGAAAGCACAACAACAAACGGCGACACGAGCAUUGAUGCCAGAAUCAGGGCCAGCACAAGCAAUGAUUCCACUGUCGACGACGACGACUGCGACUCUGAACAUAGCGGCCGCGUGGUCAGGUAUAUCGAGCACUACGCCAACACAGGCGAUUAUGUAUCUCGAUUCGGCAUUCUUCAUUUCCGGCCUGAAAUCACGCAACCGCAACCGCAGCCACAGGCACAGGCACGACCACACCAACAGCUCCAGUCACAACUAUAUCUCCAAGGACAGCGACAGAUACAACAGCCGCCGUGGACCGGAUCCAGUACCACCGCCGCAGCAGCAUCACCUCCAGUCCGAAAUGCGGCGCCGAGCGCUCCACCUACCACAACUCCCACAUCUCUACGCUAUGAUGACGACGCCAGUGCCACUGGAACAUCUGCCUCGCCAUCAGGGUCGACUUUGGCUUCAACAUCGACAGUGGCAUCGGCAGUGGCAACAACAAGGAAACUAAACCUCGCAACCACGAAUAGCAAUAGCAGAUACACAGCAAAGGCUCCGGUCCGAUCAUACACUAAUCUCCUCUCACCUACGACACCCAUCGAGAGGAAGGGGACUUUGGACGCCAAAGAAGACUACAACAAAUACGUCGGCCGGCUGUUCAAGCGCGUCGGGUCCGGACACCAGUUCAACCAGCAUUACUUGGAUAAUAUCUUUGAAAUGGAGGGCAUUGACACCCGUGAUCUGAGUAGAGGGCGAGUCAAGGGUGGGAAUGCCUUCAUGGAUGCAGAGGUGGAUCUGGAUGCUUUUGACUUGUGGGAUACUGUUCAGGCUGUGGAUGGUGCUGGACAUGGACAUGGCCAAGGACGCCGACAAGAAGGAAGAGGUGACGCUGCGGGUCUUGGUGUUCCCAGUGGGUCGAGGGUGAGAAGAAAACAGGUCAAGGAUUUCAGUCGGUUGUGGUUGUAUCGGAAUGGGAUGAGUCCGGAUGAAGCUCGCGCAUAG